AUGCCAUCCCAAAAUUUCCUGCUGGCAAUCUCACACGCCGUCUCAGGCUCAGUCGGCACCGCCACCUCGACGGCGGCAACCUACCCUCUAGACCUGGUCAACACUCGGCUCAAGGUGCAACGGCAGCUCGCUCGGGACGGCACCAUCCCGCCCGGGGAGACCUACGAUGGGCCAAUCGACGCUUUGAAGGCCGUGUGGAGGCGCGAGGGCGGCCUCGCCGGUCUGUACGCGGGCCUCGGCUCGGACCUGGCCAAAUCGGUCGCCGACUCGUUCCUCUUCUUCCUCUUUUACAACUGGUUCCGGGCCAGGAGGCUGGCGCGGCCCGGAAACGCCCGGCGCAGGCGGAUGGGCGUCGUCGAGGAGCUGGCCGUCGGCGCCGUGGCCGGAGCCUGCUCCAGGGCUCUCACCAUGCCCGUCGCCAACGUCGUCACGAGGAUCCAGACCGCGGCGCUGGUGGGCGGCGGCGGUGGCGCGGCGGGUGAUGAUCGGAGCGCGCCCGCGGUGCUGCGGGAGCUGCUGCGCGAGAGGGGCGUCGCCGGCCUGUGGGCGGGCUACUCGGCCGCGCUGGUGCUGACGCUGAACCCCAGCAUCACCUUCUUCCUGGACCAGGCGCUGCGCAGCUCGCUGGCGAGCGGCGAGGACAGGCCGGACGGCGGUCUGGUGACCUUUUUCGUGGCGGCCGUCAGCAAGGCCGUGGCCACGGCGGCGACCUUUCCGUUCCAGAUCGCAAAGGCGAGGCUGCAAGUGUCGUCGCCAUCGCGGCCGUCUUCGCCUGCGCCCGACGCCACCGUGAGCGAAGGGCUGGCGAACGGCGCCGUCUCGGUGGAGGAGGCGGCGAGGAUCGCGGCGGCCAAGGCCAAGUAUUCGCUGAGCAACAGCAUACGCAGCCUGGCCAGGGAUAACAUCUUCACGACGGUGUCGCGCAUAACGCGCGAGGAGGGCGUGGGUGCGCUGUACGACGGGUUAGGGGGCGAGCUCCUCAAGGCGUUUUUCAGUCACGGCAUCACCAUGUUGUCCAAGGACGCGUUCCACAAGGUGCUCGUGAGGCUCUACUUUGCACUCCUUGCUCUGUCGAGCUUACUCAAGAAAAGGCGCAAGGAGUUGGGGAGCCACGGGGCGGGAGAUGCGAGUGGAAUCACUGGGGUUGUUUUAUCACUGCCACUGGCCGUGAGGAAACAAAUAGAGCUGCUAUUGUUCACGUUAGUGGGCAGUAGUCAAAGGUUAACCAAAACAUAA